UUGUGCACGUUAUUAAGGACUAUUUGCGCCCUUGCUUCACGGCCGUCUACUUUGUCCUACCCCGUUAGGCGGGGUGUGAUGAGAACAAUUGGUAAAAUAAUAAACAUGAUAAUUAAGAGAGAGGGACAGCCACUAUGUAGGCACAAGGGAAUCUUAUCCACUGUCUUGUAACAACUUUCAGUGAAAGGGGAGUUCCUACUCUGGAUAAACAAAAAAGAAAGAGGAAAAUAUCAAUUUCAAUUAAUUUAAAAUAUGUAAUGGUGAAUCAACAUUGUUCCAAUGCUCAGUAUUUGCUGCGUUUUACGUAUAGAUUUUGCCAAACAGUUUGUGUGAGUUCCCUCCCCAAGUCAGUUCAAUUACUCCAGGAUCGUAAUUACAAUCUCUGUUUUGUGAUGCAGAAUGUUAAUCUCCUUUCGGGUUUCGCGAUAGCUUCAUGUCUGUCAGUCUGCGUUAAGACAAGAGGGAGAUCUUGGAAUAACCACAGAGCUGAAUAAAUCUCCUUUGAGUCAGAACCUACAGUUUUCCCGUGCUCAUUAGCGAGCACACUGGCACUCGCAAGGGUAUCAAUCAUCAGCUUCAAUUCUCCGUUCAACCCUCCAGGGUGAAAUGAGUUCGAACUCUCGGGCCAGCUUCCCGAGCGCGGCCAGCCCAGGUACGAGCCGACUAAUGUUUGUCGACAACCGUCAUUUCCUCACAAUUUGUCCGAGUAGAGCCGUACGUUGCCCACCGCAGCAAUAUACAUGUAUCUUGCGUGCCUAGUGCCUUUUCUUUGUACAUGUAUUACAGGGUUUGGUCGGCAUUGAUGUCCACAAGUGCCAAUGCGGGUUACUCCGUUUACAACUUUUGGCGUUCCUAGCUCCCCGGGGCAAGGGAACGAUUACUUGUGUCCUGCAGCGUUACGGGAACAAAGGGAUUGUUAUAUUGUUGAUGUCUGGAAUAAAAGUGUUUUGGGCCGAUAUUUUGAGAGCCUUAAUGCCUUCAUGUCCAUCGUCUGCUGUCAAAGCCAGCCAUCGCUCCAUUGGUGGCAGGCUUGGUACCACGUGAUCCCUACCGGUGAGGACAGUCGGCUUGAUAAUUAUGUCAGAACUCUGUCAGAUAGACAUAAAUUUCCACAGAGGCGAUGAACAGCAUGCACAGCUCGUUCUACGACACGGCGCAGAUUGCCGGGGAGUUUUACCAUGGUGCCACCGCUACGGAGUCAGCCCCGGCGGCCUGUCGGAGCACCUCCACCAGUGAUGGGUUCGGUUACGCCCAGAACCCGCGGUUUUACAACAUGUAUUACAACAGCAGCGCCGGGACGGGUGAGGGUUAUCCCCACCACCAGGCCACCGAACCGGUGUCCAUCCCGGGGCUCUCGGUACCCCCUCCCCCGUCCGCCGAGCAGGGAUGCUACGGUAACCUCCUGUCCGAGGCGGCGGCGGCGUCGGCCACAAGGAACCACCGACCCCCGUCCAACGGCAGCUCGGACUCGGUGGACGACAACGAAGGGGGCGAAGGGCUGCGAAAAGAGAACAGCUCACGGGGAGCAGGAGCCGGACUCUCCAAGAAGAUCUACCCCUGGAUGACGGAGUCAAGACAGAACGUCAAACAGAAAGUCACUUCUGCGAGUGAGAAGAAGAAACAACUUGAGAUUGCGGCCAGCAAGCGCAACCGGACCGCCUUCACCAGUGCCCAGCUAGUUGAGCUGGAGAAGGAGUUCCACUUCAACCGUUACCUGUGCCGGCCCCGCCGCAUCGAGAUGGCCGGCUCGCUCAGCCUGACGGAGCGGCAAAUCAAGAUCUGGUUCCAAAACCGCCGAAUGAAAUACAAGCGUGACGCCAAGGAGAGUGAGCGUGCCGAACGGGGGAUCAAAGUCUCGGACUCGGUGCUGGCCCGCCAGUCGGAGCGGAGUCCGCGCUUCAUUGCCAGCACGGGCAGCCCACUCAUGCUGAACUACCCAGGGGCCGCUGGGGGAGGCGGUGGAGUGGCUGCUGCCGGUGCUGCUUCGCCCUGUAUGGACUCUCGAAACUUUCCUCACGGCGGAGGGAUAUAUAACCGAUUCCCGUACCCACAGGAGCAGCUCAUGAACGCCUCACCCCGACUUACAAAUUUGUGACGAAUUGGAACGGGACUCCAAAUGUGAUUGUCGUGGCUUAGUUUGUUUGUUUGUCUGUAUUUUGAUGGAUCCUUCCCUCAAGUCAUCCUCGAAGCAAAGAAAUGAGAGAUCUGUUGCUAUCGUACGUGUAUAAAUGAUGCAAGGCAAUACAAGUUGGAGCCAUCUUCGUAUAAGAGGGAUGACCAGCCUGGCCAGCCUGAAAACCAUUGCUUUAUGAAAAUACGCGUGAAAGCCAAGCAUUUCCUCGGACACCAGCCUGAUCAAACGUAUGAACAGUUUCAAACUUCGGACGAAUUUAAAAGGAGAGAAGGCGUUGUCACCCGAUAUGUCGAAUAGUAUAAUAGUGUUUAAGGUUUCUACAAUACAAGGAAAGGUGGGUCAUCUUUUACAGUGAGCUGCUGAUCGGGUAUAUUCACAUAGAAUAUUUUUGGUUUAUUUUCCUGUUCAAUUCUGAAAUUUGUACACUUUUUCUGGCUAAAUGUAUUGGUAAACAUGCCCAAUCAUUUUCAGUAUAUAGCCAAUAGCCAAUAGACCUACAUACGAUAACCGUCGCUUAUAAACGUGGCCGUCCACUUUUUUUGUCUCUAGAUGUUCUUUCCUUUUCAGAGUCGCAAUCGCUCAUUUCGAAUGCAAGGCAAAUGGACACUUCUUCUCUGCCUGGAGGAAAUGACUACAGACAAGUUAAUUUCAUGAAAGUUUCCUUACAAUUAUAACUUCCCAGGUGUUUCUUCAUUUACGCAAGGAACCUGAAUCCUCUAAAAUCCACCGAUGUGCACGAACGCAGUGGCAGAUUCUCUGUAUACCUAAAGUCUCCAUGACAUGCAGGUCAUGCGUAAAGUGCAGUGUGAUUUUACCUUCUUCGAUUCCUUCAAGAACCCCCUAAUGUCCUGGUGGAGUUUGAAUGAUAAAUGAGGAUGAGGUGGUAAUGAAAAUGUAAUCACAAGGCCACUGACCGAUGUAAUUCGGACAAAGGAGACAUACAUUUAUUGCUUUGGAAUCACAGUUUUCCCCUAUAGUUGUGCAAUUCUGACCAGGCAUUUAAACAGUUUAUAUUUGCACUAGAGUGACCUAUCGGAAAGUUCUUUGAUAUGUUCUCUUCGGCUUUAGACACCUUCAAACUGGACGAAAAUGUAUAAUUUACAUGGUGAAACACUGGCAGCAGAAACUUCUACAGUAUUUUAAAACUCCUUAGAUUUUGAUUGCAUUACUGUUCAUUUAAAGUUAAAAGUGAAGUGUAAAGUUCAUAUAAAUUUUCGACCUCGCGGAUAGUAUCGUUGCAUAUGGCAACUGUUUUAGAAAUCUUUGUCCAACACUUGAGGGGAAAAACAUCUUUUAAACAAUUGAAAAUGUAACUUGUUCACAUUAUAAUAUAGGUUUCCUCGGCUAAUUUAAAUGGUCUUUAUUCAAAUUCACAAGCGGAAUCGAUUUGGUGCACUUGCCAUAUUUAAAUCCGUCAUUAGUCAAAUCAGCUGUCGCAGUUAAACCACAAGCACAGAUUUUCUGCCAAGAAACUUUCGUCUACGUUUCGCCUACGCCAAGCCGUUUCAUUCAGAAACAAACUUGUGUUUUGUCACAUAAUUUAGUUUAUUCAAAUUCUUGACAUCCUCAGAAAAAAUGCAUAUAGGUCUUAGACAACCUUCUACUCUAUUUCCUUUCUUCCAGUUCAAUAAUCUCUUGGUUCUUCCAAAUUGGGUUUCUUGUUAACAUGCUAGACUCAUUCUACACUAAAUUAACAGGGGUGAGUUCGUUUCAGCAAGGUUUUUGUAUACAUUGUUGUCUUUAUUUAUUUAUUUAUUU